AUGGACUGGCAAUAUUUCAUGUUGAACUCACUCCUCUACCUCAGUGUGGCAUUACUUGGUAUUCGUGGUGGAGAAAUAACAGCAGAUGAGGUUUGUCGAAUUUGUGAAGGCUGUACGUACGGAUCCAUAUCCUGUCAAGAGGCAGACCUGUUGCAUAUGUUACCGAAUGACCUGCCGAACGGUAUUGAAAAGGUCAUUAUUGUCAGCCAACGUUUUGACAGUCAAUUCCUCUCCCGACAAAACAUAUCCUCCUACACCCUACCCGGUGUAAACAUCCAUGAACUCACCAUUAUGCAUUGCGGUCUGCGUGCUAUCGAGGCGGGAACCUUCAGUGGGUUGAGUAGCCUGACAAAACUAGAUUUGUCAAAAAACUCACUAUCUCGAAUACAAGGUCACACCUUCUCGGGUUUGCGUCUGGACCUUCUUCGACUUGACGAUAAUCAGGGUUUGACUCUGGAUUCAGAAGCUUUUGAAAAUCUCACUGUUUCUUCCCUAUCUAUGCAAAACUGUGGCCUUCGAAGUCUUUCCUACGAGGUGUUUCAACCACUCGUACAAUCAAGAAGCCUCACAACCCUGCGUCUCACCUCCAACAGUCUCACCACCCUCGAUGCUCGGUUUGAACCCUUUUUCCGAAAUCUCUCAUUCCUCUCCCUGGCCAGAAAUCCCUUUGUCUGUGACUGCAAACUCGUGUGGUUGAGUCAAACCCUCCAGCGUAAACGACGGGCAGAUAGCGAUGACGCAUUUCGCAGGCUUAACGAUGAUCGCCUAUUAAUUGUGCCAGACGACGAUCAUCCUGUUUGUGAGUCCCCAAAUCGUCUACGUGGGAAACAGAUUGUGUCACUUUCCACGAGAGACUUUUUCUGUGGUCCUCCACAAAUGCGAACACUAGAGGUGGAUUUCAGCGAUCUCCGAGUCGGUCAAUCCGAGACGUUUAAUAUGACCGGAGUAGUGCUUAUCAAAUGUGCAGCUCAAGGCUCACCGGAAAUGCAGCUGGCGUGGUUCCGACGGGACGGUCGUGGUGAUGAACCAAUUCGUUUGCCUGGAUUAAGGCAGGUAGCCUCAGGCGUUGUAGAAGUGUCAAUUUCUCACUCUCUUCUUGCCAAGAAUUCCAACAGUGAGACAGAAGAUGCAGGGCAACUGUUCACUUGUCUUGGAGUGGACACUUACGGCAACACAAGCGCCGAUUUGUCGUUACGGUGGCCUGCUCUGCCACUACUGUCUCCUCUGCCAUCUUCCCCAACUUCCAACAACCGUAAUCCCAUGGAACCUUCGUCUGGUGACUCAAAGUACCUUAAUAAUGAUAAAGGCUACUUCCAGUCAGAUCAUCUUGACGAAUUCUUUUUUAUGAAGAAAUUCACAAUUCUUGAACUGAUUGGAGCAGUUGUGGGCACAUUCACUGCAACUAUAUUACUCUUUCUCAUGGGCUACAUUCUCCUCUACAUGCGUCACCGACAGCAGUGCCCAAAAAGCCCCUCGAAGACGGUCUAUCCACUGGUGACAAGUACAGGACUACCGAAAUUUCCAGAUUAUCAGGUGCUUGAAUCUAGCCCACAACAUCCUAUUCAAGGUCCUCUGGAGGCAAUCGGUAAUCAAUCUUGUGAUCUAGCGACAGAGAAACGGCGUCUGAUGGCAAAGACAGAGUGGACGGAUGCAAGGCGUGGUCCUGAGGCACGAACAAGUAGUGGAGUCUACUCAGAAUGUCCCACCUACGAUCUUCCAUCAAAUCAUAUGGCAUCUGCACCAUUGCCUCCCCUUCCACUGGAUCCUCCCCCACCAUCACCACCUUCAAAGACUAGCCAAUUCGGAACAGUGAGUGGAGUGCCUAUUGUAUAUCCACAGCCUCACUUCCUUGAUCCUGCAACAGCUGCGGCUGCUGCAGCUGCAGCUACCGGUAAUGGGAACAGUAACCAAUCCAACAGUCUUCUAGCUCAAACCCUCACCACCAACGCCAUCUUAGUCGAUAUGCUCACGAUGCAACGACGACAACGUCAGCUGCAGCAACAACAGCAGCAGGUAUCUGCUCUCAAUCAGGAAUUCCGAUUUUAG